GUACACAACAGUUAUGUGAAGGGGACAGCCGUAUUUCAAACGUAUUCCGUUUCUAAGAAAUCGAAACCCCUCUCAUUUCCUGGAAUGAAACGUAGGCAUUCCUUUCAACUGCGCACGCGCAACUGUGUCGGGAAGUAUUGAAAAGAGUGUUUUACAGACAAGCAAGUCGAGUUUCAAGUGAAUUCUUGUUUCCCUGAACUAUCUCAUGAAAGAUGGAGACAAAUCCACCUCCUUAUCAACCACUUCCCCCUCAUGGGGUAGCACAGGGCUAUGCAGCACCACCACCGGAAUAUGAUUCCCCUCCUAAAGGGUCGGCGUCACCCCCUCAAGUAUAUGCACCACCCCCACAAGGAUAUGGACAAUCACCCCAGGGAUAUGGACCACCACCCCAGGGAUACGGACCACCACCCCAGGGAUACGGACCACCACCCCAGGGAUACGGGCCACCACCCCAGCCCUACCCUUACCCCCCUCCCCAGAUGAUGCAGCAGACAAGUACAAACGUCGUUGUUGUCGGCGGUGGCGCUACGUCACAGACUGUGGUCCUGCAACAGAAAGAAACCGUCAACCACUGUCUUCACUGCUGUAUUUCCAUAUUCUUCCCGCCGUGGCUUUUUGUCUGGAUGUGUCUGUGUAUCUGUUACGGUUGCUAGACAAGGAGUCCAGGCGGGAGCUAUUGACUGUGAUGAGCCAGAUGUUUUGCAUCAGACCUAAAAGGGAACAUCUAAAAGGAUAUAACAUUCAGUGAUGACAACUGAAUACAAAUUGUCACGUCAUCUUGAAGGCAAACAACGUAAACAGAAACCCAACUAGACUAUAGCUGAUGGGUAAAAGAUAAGGCUUAACCAACCCGUUGAACUGGAAUCGUAACUGUUAAAUUUAUCUUUAAACUUUGUCGUCUUUUCUUACUUUUAAAUGCUUAUAGUGACACAUUGUAGUACACUUCCUCCGUUUGUUUGUUUGUUGGUUUGUUGGUUUUUUUGUUGGUUUGUUGUUUAACGCCGCUGGCGUUGGCCUGAAUAAUGUGAUCCCUAAUGAUAUUUAUCGAGGUCUUAACAUCAGUUAUCAGAUUAUAUGGACCACUUGAUAUCGUGCCUAGCGUAAUCGUCCAACAUUUUGAUUCAUAAACAGUUUGAGACUAACCAGAUUUGAAACACAAGUAUAGAAAAGACCAAGGCUUGCAUCAAAGUAAAUGGGGGUUCCCGCAACCAGGAUUCUGGAGUGAACGUAUUGUCAUCCAUAUUGGAUUCACUGUGUGGCUGCGGUCGCUGUGCUGUCCCUGCCGUGAGCUCUGCUCUGAAAGACGUCUCAGAGUACCCGGCUGCCAAUGGUACUGAGCGGACUCAAAAAUGGCAUGGCGUUUCAUCUUAAACUUUCCGGGAUAAAGGGAAUUAGAAUGUUAAAUAUGCGAAAGAAAAAAAUAAAGUUGUAGCCCGAUAUUUCGAACAUAUGAUAUAAAGUUAUGUUUGCGCACAAACAAAAACUCGUGAGGACUCACGAAUUUCCAUUUUGAGAUACGUGAUGGUAACGUAUUUGGUGGGAUUGUUUAUGCUUGAAUGAAUGCACAUGCACAUGACUCUCCCCCUUUGUUACUGUACUUAUCAUUACAAUUUAGCCUUGUCUGUGUCCUAAAGUACAUGACCGCCUCCGUGGUCAAGUGGUAGAGCAUCCGCCCGGAGAGCGGAAGGUCCGGGGUUCGAUCCCCGGCCGCGUCAUACCAAAAGACAUUAAAAGAUUGUACUUGUUGUUACCUUGUCUGGCGCUCGGCAUGAAAGGGCUAAAACAGGACCAGGACUGGUCGGCUCGGAGUCAGUAUACUGUGUCUGAGUGGGGUAUUCAUGUUAAACUGCGGCAUGGUAUCUCAGUGGGCCAGUCCGGACUAUUACAAGCAGCCACACACACACACGUGCGUGCACAUCGCUAUAUAAGUGCAAUAAUCUUGGACGCGACGUUAAACCCCUUUUCACCUCACCUCACCUAAAGUACAUGAGUUGAAUGCAGAGCGAUUCCCGAUGACUGAAACCAUUCCAUGAGGCGACCCUAGUGCUAAGAUCGUCCCACAAUAACAUAGACUAUACUUACAAUUGUCAUAGCGCUCAGAUAGCUUCAGGGAAAGGGCACUGUAGUGGAAUGUAUGUAUUGCGAGUUGAUAUCGUCAUCUUUUGUGGGAAUGAACCUGUCCUUCAGAGUUGUGUCCCUUAGGCGUACUAGGAUCGGCAACUCGUAGAGUCGAAUGUAACGGAACGUGUUCUUUCUGGAUGAUGCUCGUCUUCCUUGGUUUCUCGGGUCUCGGUUGGUUUAUUAGUCUAUGUGAGUGAGUAUGGUUUUACGCCGCUUUUGGCAAUAUUCCAGCAAUAUCAUGGCGGGGGACACCAGGAAUGGGCUUCACACAUUUUACCAAUGUCAUGAGUCGAACCCGGGUCUUUGGCUUUAACCACUAGGCUUCCACCCGCCCCCAUCAGUCUAAGACGCAGCGAUUCGCUGGUCCACACUGCGUCCGGAGGCGUGCCAGAAAUCUCAUCAUCGCGCGUUAGAAUCCCAGAUUAACGAAUAUCUUUUUCUUACUUCUUUGUUGUCAUCGUUUUUUUGCGGCAUGCGUUAACUGCCAUUUGUUGGAUAUACAGAUGUCUUAAACAUGAUAUCAUCAUUAUGUUUUAUAUGUUUUCACAACUAAUUACAAGAGUGUUCUUAUUUGAGUCGCGUACUAAGUUGACAUCGCUUCAGGAUGUUCAAUAAUGUGUACAGUAAAGUACGGUUAUAACGAACUCAAGGGGACUACUAAUUUUAGUUCGUAAUAACCGUAGUUCGUUAUAAGCAUAUAUACAGCAUAACUACAGCAAAUAGUCGGGACCAAAAAAGUAAGUUCGUUAUAUCCGUCAGUUCGUUAUAAGCGUGUUCGUUAUAACCGUAGUUUACUUUAAUUGUUUCAAGAGGAAUAUGUGAACAUAUGUUUCUUUGCUUUUUCUGCUUCCAUAUUACUGAUUAUUUUCCUAUUCCUGUAAUAAUCAUCUUGGACAGUCUGUACUGUAUUUGUAUGGAUGCAGAUCGGUGUACAUUUCUCACACAAACAUGAUGAGCCGGAUAAUUAUCAUCCAGUUAUCCACAGACAAUGUCUGUAAAAGAUACAAGUACAGUUGUUAUGUAUUUUUGACAUUCUACAAAUAUACGUUUUGAAAAAAUAAACUAGUUCUUUUAUA